CCGAUCCCCCUUAUUUUCUUCUAGGUCUAAUCACGAACUGCCAUGAUUGAAGUGGUAGCAGAGCUGAGCCGGGGUCCUGUGUUUCUGGCGGGGGAGGCACUGGAAUGUGUGGUGACCGUCACCAACCCCCUGCCUCCCACGGCAACUUCUGCCUCCAGUGAAGCUCUGGCCUGGGCCAGUGCCCAAAUCCACUGUCAGUUCCAUGCCAGUGAGAGCCGAGUAGCACUGCCUCCUCCUGACUCCAGUCAGCCUGAUGUUCAGCCUGAGAGCCAGACGGUCUUUCUGCCACACCGAGGAGAGAGAGGUCAAUGCAUCCUUUCUACUCCACCGAAAAUCCUGUUCUGUGACUUGAGGCUAGAGCCUGGAGAGUCCAAGUCAUACUCCUACAGUGAAGUCCUGCCCAUAGAGGGACCACCCUCCUUUCGAGGUCAGUCAGUCAAGUACGUCUACAAACUGACCAUUGGCUGCCAGCGUGUCAACUCUCCCAUCACUUUACUCAGGGUUCCUUUGAGGGUGCUUGUGCUGACUGGUCUUCAGGAUGUCAGGUUUCCCCAGGAUAUGGCUGUGGCCCCAUCCAGUCCAUUCUUGGAGGAGGAUGAAGGUGGAAAGAAGGAUUCCUGGCUAGCUGAGCUGGCUGGGGAGCGCCUCAUGGCUGCCACAUCCUGCCGCAGCCUCCAUCUGUACAACAUCAGUGAUGGCCGAGGGAAAGUCGGGACAUUUGGCAUCUUCAAAUCUGUAUACAGACUUGGCGAGGACGUGGUGGGGACUUUAAACUUAGGGGAAGGAACCGUAGCUUGUUUGCAGUUUUCAGUAAGCUUGCAGACUGAGGAACGGGUACAGCCUGAGUACCAGCGGCGUCGCGGGGCAGGGGGUGCCCCUGCUGUUUCCCAUGUGACUCAUGCCCGACACCAGGAGUCCUGCCUGCAUACAACCAGAACGAGCUUCUCCCUCCCCAUCCCUCUCAGCUCCACCCCAGGCUUCUGCACAGCAGUUGUGUCCCUGAAGUGGCGAUUGCAUUUUGAGUUUGUCACAUCCCGAGAGCCAGGUUUGGUGCUCCUGCCCCCCAUGGAACAGCCUGAGCCUGCCACCUGGACAGGGCCUGAGCAAGUGCCCGUAGACACCUUCAGCUGGGACCUCCCCAUCAAGGUGCUGCCUACGAGCCCCACCCUGGCCUCAUAUGCUGCCCCAGGCCCUAGCACCAGCACUAUCACCAUCUGAAACUGGCCCAACUGUCCAUUUGCCUUCAGGACACUGAGAAUGCAACACCUGGACUUUAGUAGGGUCCACUGUUUCCACUUGGGGCGCAGAGGCACGGACAGUAAGAGGCAGACUGUCAGCUCUAGUAUUAAUUUAUUUAUUCAGAAUAAAUUGGCAGCUGCUAGUGGUUUCCCUGGAAGUGGCAGCAGCAGUGGGCAAUCAGCCGAAGGAUGAUCAGUUGAGUUUAGCUGGAGCGGGGAGCAGGAACCACAGGAUCAGGAGUGUUAGCUGAGCCCCACUCUGGGUUGGGUCUUCCCCCUUUACAAGGCAGCCGAGGGUCAGAUUUUUGAACCAGAGAGAACUGGCAGGUUCCUGCCUCCUGACGUACCUCACACCCAUCAGGGAAAUCGAU